UUCCACUAGAUUUUGUUUUGGUCAAGCAGAUUUCUUUACCUUUCAUGGAUUUACAAUUUAUGCGUUCAUGACCAUGCUUUAGUGCUCACCACUUUCGGUUGAACAUCUUCAUUUUAAAAUUGAGGUGCUCUUUAAUUUCCAGCAAACCGACGCUUCUGCUUUUAAGAGAAUAUAAAGGAGACAUCCCCAGAAAGAGACCGUUGAACCGCUGGAGUGUGAAUUAGUAGAACUGCUUGGUUUGCCAAGACCGUAGGCUCUUGUGAGUUUUGAUAUGGGUGCAGGUGGUAAAAGCGAUAAGGAUUGGUUGAUGUAUGUGAAAGGAAACCUUAAGGAAAAUGAAUCGGAAGCCCCUGAAACAAAAUCUAGUGUGUGCAUAUUCGGCAUAGCUCCCCCUCUUUUGAUGCUAAAGCCCGAAGCGUACGUUCCCCUAGUGAGUUCCAUCGGACCUUACCACCACAGAAGAUUACAGCAGUACGAGGAGACAGAAACUUACAAACUGAAAAUGGCGCGCGCACUGGAAAGGAAGGUCCCUGGAAGGUUAGAGGAGCUUGUCAAGCACAUACAGGAACUCGAUGGUCGAAUCAGGGCCUGCUAUCACAAGUACAUUCCAUACAGCAAGGAGGUGUUGUCUUGGAUGCUUGCUCUGGAUACCUAUUUUAUUCUUCAAUUUUUGGAGUCCAUUUACAAGCCUUACACAAACAAUCCUGGCAAUGCACAGAACGAAACCUCUCCCAUGCGAUCGGACCCUAUUUUAGACUCCAUAAGAAAUACUCCACUCUGGUAUGCCAUUAGAAGUGACAUACUCAUGCUUGAAAAUCAGGUGCCAAUGUUUCUGCUCAAAGAGGCAGUCUAUUUCACAACUACUGAUACGCGGGAAGCUAAAUACAAGCAUUCGGAGACACAAGUAGGGAGCCAAAACAAAUCAGAGAUAUGCCAGGGUGAUGCAGGAUGCAAGGAAAUUACGGAGCAUCUGGCAACUAGAUUACAGGCAAGCGCUUUCCCUUUCUAUAUACAUAAGAUUUUUCAAAAGCUUUUUCAAGCCCGGAGUAUUUUUAUACAGAAUUAUAGCCUACCGCAAUUGGAUCUAACGCAAUUGGAUCUGAACAAUAGAAGGCAUGUUCUGGACUUUCUCUAUCAUGUUGUUGCCCCUGAAACUGGAAGAAACACAAACACACAAGAAAAACCCAAAAAGAGAUAUUCAAUUCGCUCUCCUCGUGUCUUUAUAGAGAAUGCCGUUGACCGUUUCAUUAGGUGGAUGAUAUCUACCUCAGCCGCCGGAAAAUUUCCGUCUGCAACAGUAUUAAGUGAAGUGGGGAUAAAGUUUGCACCCUAUGAUUCAGGAGACCUGAGAGAAAUAAGCUUUAAGAGAAAUACCCGCACUUUCUCCUUACCUAAGAUCAUAAUCAAUGAUUCUACAGAGGUGCUACUGAGAAACUUGGUCGCAUGGGAGCUCUACUCGAAGACAUCAGAGAAGCCUCGCACACGCUACACAUAUUUAAUGGACCGGUUGAUAGAUACAGAAAGAGAUGUUGCUGUGCUCAAGAGAUGUGGCGUUCUUAAUAGUCAUAUGGGUAGUGAUGCAGAGGUGGCCCACAUGUGGAACUCUGAGUAA